GGGGCGGCUGCCGCCAUGUUGGCCGCCGCGUGGCUGGGCAGGGGGGUGUGGGGGCUGCUCGGCGGCGCGGGGCGGCGGCGGCCGGGCGGCGGCGGAGCCAGGCCGCUGGCGAGCCGGCCCGGCGCCGAGGCCGAGGCGGCGGCGGCCGGGCGCUGCCAUGGCAACAGCGGCGGCUUCUGCCUGGCGGCGGGGUGGCGCGCGGCGCCCGCCCUGCGUCACCCGCAACGGCUGCUGCGCGCGCCCCAACGGCCGCUGCGCGCGCCCGCCGCCGCCGCCGCCUGGAGCCUCCUGCGAGGGGGAGGAGGCGGCGGCGGCGGGGCCGGGCCGCGGCGGGCGGGGAGCGGCGGUCCCCCGGCGCCGGACUCCCGCGGGGAGCGGAGCGCGGCGGAGCGCUACGCCGAGCUGUAUGAAAACCCAUGGACGAUCCCAAAUAUCCUGUCGAUGGCGAGGAUGGGUUUGGCGCCGGUUUUAGGCUACCUGAUUGUCGAAGAAAACUUCAACGUUGCACUCGGCGUCUUUGUUUUGGCUGGCAUUACGGAUUUGUUGGACGGAUUUAUCGCACGGAACUGGGCUAAUCAGAAAUCGGCUUUGGGGAGUGCUCUUGAUCCUCUGGCUGACAAAAUUCUCAUCAGUGUGCUCUAUGUAAGCCUAACUUGUGCAAAUCUUAUCCCAGUUUCACUCACUUCCAUGAUUAUUCUGAGGGAUGUAGCGCUCAUUGCUGCUGUUUUUUAUGUGCGAUACAAAACUCUUUCUCCACCGAGAACACUGAGUAGGUAUUUUAACCCCUGUUAUGCUACUGCCCAGUUAAAACCAACAUUCAUUAGCAAGAUGAACACUGCCGUUCAGCUAAUUUUGGUGGCAGCUUCUUUAGCAGCUCCUGUUUUCAAUUAUGUGGACAGCAUAUAUCUGCAGACAUUAUGGUGCAUCACAGCUUUCACAACGGUAUCGUCUGCAUAUAGCUAUUACUACUAUGGCCGAAAAACAGUUCAGGUGAUAAAUAACAAAUGAAGUAUUUCUGAAAGGACCGUGUCGUGGCAGCAUUGUUUGCUGUACUGCAGAAGAUGGUUGUAAUGACUGGAUUUUGGAUAAAGAACUCUGUUUUUCUGCUUAAACCAUGGCAUCACAAUGAAAUGAAGUUUGAAUGAGUACUGUGUAUAUAUAUAGAGACAGAUUUUUCAAUGUAUUUUUAAUUUGUUUAAAAAUAAGAUUGUUUACAAAAACAAAUAAAUAAUAUCCUUAAAGACAGGUUAUUGGUUGCUACCAUGUGCAUUUUGAAUAAAUCUUACUGUUUUCAGAAGUUAGAAAUAAGCACUUUUCACCAGCUUUUUUUUUUGGCAAAGCACUGCACAGACUGAGAUCAGAGUAGAAAAAGCAUUUUUAAGAACAACUUUGUCUUAGUGCCUCAACCUAAGUCAGUCAAGUGGCAUUGCUUGUUAGGACCUGCGACCUCCUCCAGCUUGCUGCAGAAGACAACAUGGCAUCAAGAAAUAGUAUCUUCAGAAAUUUGAACUGGAAUGUUAGCAGGUUUUACUUCAUAGUCUGUGGUGAUACAGAUAAUUCAUAUAGAAGUUACGUCCCCCCCUCGUUUUUUUUAAUAGUAGUGGAAGAUAAUGGUACUCAUCAAAGAAGAGAUUGAGUCUCAGAAUGGUUAGUUGUGCCGUGAUGAGUCUUUACUCAAAUUAGAUGUGGACGUGUGUUCCUCACAUUAGACUAAUAAUUUCUAGAGAUUAAAAAAACAAUUGUAUCUCCAGUUUCUUUAAAGCUUCUAAAAAGGCUGUGUAAUGCCAUUGGGGGAAAAGGACACUUCAAAUAUUGUCCAAAUUAAUGGAAAGAUUGGAAGAAACUUAGAGAUGCAUGCACAUACUGUUAUUUUUUCCUGUAUCUCUAGCUUCAAGAGGUGUACUGUGGUCCUGCUCUGACAGUGGCAAGUCACAUAUGUUCUUUGCCUGUUCUCUACUCACAGAAAGGUACGGAAUAAAUUACUAGGCAGAACAGAUCAUGUUGAUCAUAAUAACUUAUGUUUUAUAAUUUAGAGCCGUGUGUGAUUAAAUCUUGCAUGACAUAGAAUUGAGCGCAACUGAAGGGCUUAAAUAAUUGAAACUGGGUGGUAUAUGAUGCCAGUAUACUAGGAGAAGAAAAUUUAUUGUAGACAUCUCUUUUGAGAGCACACAGUCUUUUUUGUGACUGUGUAUGCUUGUAUAUACAAAAUAUUUUAAUAAUUUUUAUAUUUAAACUUGUACAGAGCGGUGCACAGAAAAAAAGUUUGAUUUUUUUUUUAUUAGUACUAGCUUCUUAGCAAUCUCGGUGUUUUGUGAGCUACGUUGAGUCUUGCAUCAAAGGGAUACAGUGCAAAUCGUAUGUUGUUUCUCAGAAAUGCCUGAGUAUUUCUUAGAACUGAACACCAUUUCUUCAAGAGCAUAGCUUAGCACGCAGAGGUUGAUUGUGUCCAGUCGGGUCAUUCCUGUUUGGUAGGGUUUUCUGUUUUCUUUUUUUUUCAAAUCAAUCAGAAACAUUGCCUGAAAUGGGCAGGGAAUGGAAAAAUUACUGGCCAGCAAAGGGUCCGUGGUGGCGUGUGUUGGUACGGCUGUCGCAGCUCGUGUUCAGAGCGAGUCGGAUGUGUAAUUACUUCGUGGCGUAUGCCACGGUCUCUGUGUUAAAUAAAAUUCUUCUAGAUGGCA